UAAUAAAAUAUAUGGCAGAAAGUCAAAAUAAUAAUCAAUCAUUAAUAAACCAAAAAGAAACUGAAAAAGUCAAAUUUAGAUACAUUGAAGGGAAAAUUGAAAUUAGUAAUAAAUACAAAAUAACAAAACCAGAUGGCACUGAAAUCGAAGGAAUUAAAACUUCGACCAACAAUUACCAAAUAUUAGAAGGUGAAGGAAAAGUCGACAAAGUUUUAAAAAAAUUAAAUAGUUUGGGAAAAACUCCUACACUUCAACCAAAACAACAAACACUAGGAGAAAAUCUAGAAACAAAAAUUCCUGAGAUUAUUCAAGAACCACAAACAAAUCAAGAAAAAUUUUCGCAAGCAGAAGAAAAGAAAGAAGUAUUAAAAACAGUAGAUGCGAACUUAAUAAACAAUAAUGAUGGCAAUUCUGGUAGCGAAGGUAUCAAAUAA